AUGUCACCCGCCACACCCUCCGGUGCCCUCGAAAUGGAAUCCGACCCCAGUGUCAUCCCGCCACAAUUAGCACAGGGCAUCCCUAUGCUCAAGAUCUCUUCGCGAAAGAUCAAACAAGUAAUCUUUAAGAUCAGAAAUGGAUGUAUACUGUGGUCUUCCAAGAAAGACAGUCGUGUCCCUAUCAACGACAUUCGUGAUCUUCGCCUCGGCCAGCCCCCGACUGAUACGUACAACAGCACUCGCUGGAUUACUGUCGUAUACGUCCGCGAGCAGCAGUGGAAGGUCCUCCACAUGAUUGCCCUCACGGAUGAGACUUACAGCAUGUGGGUCAAGGCUCUCAAAGAGCUUGUAUCCAUAACGCUAGACCGUCAAGUGUCAGACGUGACCCCGACAGACCCGGACAUGAUCUGGAUUAGGCAGCUAUGGCCGUUGGGUACGAGGGCGAUCAACAAGGCCAAGGCCGAAGCACUCUGUGCGCAGAUCGGACUGCAUAUCAAUCAGAAACUUGGAGAAUCGAGCGAAGUAUGUUCGCUGGCAUUGAUCACUCGUAUCUUGCUGAUGAUUCCACAGGAGACGUUUGAUAUGGCCGCCUUCCACCAGCUUAUCAAAGCCAGUCAAACCCGUCCUGACAUCCAGCGACUCUUCACCUCGCUUUCAUCGGAAGGCCCUCUCGAUCUCGAUCGCGUUCAGACCUUUCUCCGUGACGUACAACGCCUCCCCGUCGAUACCAUCCCCGCAAUAUUUGAAAAGUACAAGACAGAUGAGGGUGUUUGGAAUCUCGAGGCCUUGACGUCGUUCUUGUCAUCGGCGGAUAACACCCCGAACAUACCUCAGGAUAUGACGCACCCGCUGCAGCAUUACUUCAUCUCGAGCUCGCAUAACACGUACCUCGUGGGGGACCAGUGGAAGGGAGAAAGCACCGUGGAGGGGUAUAUAAGAGUGCUGCUAGCUGGAUGUCGAUGUGUAGAGAUGGAUGUUCAGACGGGAGACUUUGAGCCGGUCGUCUACCACCGCAAGACUCUCACUUCCAGCGUCUCCGUUCGCGACAUCUGCCGUGCUAUCAUGGCGUACGGCUUCGUUGCCUCUCCUUACCCGGUCAUCAUCUCCGCCGAAAUUCACUGCACGUCUGAACAGCAGACAAGGCUGGCUCAGAUUCUGAAAGAGGUAUUCGGGGAAAGGCUGGUCACUACACCGUUGGCCCAGGGGUUCACAGAGCUGCCGAGUCCGGAGCAGCUGAAGGGGAGAAUUUUGUUCAAGGCUAAGCCGCCUAAAGAACUCAAGUCCCCGCGGAUCGAGACCUUCCAACUCGCGGCUCCCCCGGCCGAAUCUCCUUCCUCGACCGAUUCAGAUUCUGGCUUCGUUCGCCUCGCCCGUCGUCUCUCCAUUCAAGGCAAGGCCGAGCGCCCCAACGCCUUCUCCCCUCAGCUCGCCGAUCUCCUCGUGUACACCCAGGGCGUCAAGUACCAAGGCUUCUCCAAGCUCAACGAGUACCUCCCUUCUCACCAAUUCUCUGUCUCGGAGAAGACGGCGGCCAAGAUCAUCAAGGAGGACAAGGGGACUUGGGUGAAGCAUAAUAUGCGGCAUAUCUCAAGGGUCUACCCAAAGGCGACAAGGCUAGGCUCGGGGAACUAUGAUCCGGUGGACGCUUGGUCGGCGGGGUGUCAGCUUGUGGCUUUGAACUGGCAAACGCUGGACGAGUCUACCUUGCUCAACCACGCCAUGUUUCACGGAAGCAAUGGUUACAUCCUCAAGCCCCUUGCUCUCCGUGAAAAGAUCGACGAGCAACCGGAAAGAUACCAUUUGACCAUCGAGGUCAUCUCGGGUCAGCGGAUACCUUUGGCGCCCGAUCUAUACGUCGAGGCGACGCUCAAUGGCACCGUGGCUAGGCGCACCAAGUCUCUCUCCAGCGUCACGCUCAAUCCCACCUGGGACGAUACGCUUCGUUUCGAGUUGACCACCAAGCCCUCCCUCCUCAUGCUGAACUUUCUGCAUCUCGAGGUCAAAAACAAGUCGCUUCAGGCGCAGUGGAUCAGGCCAGUUGGCCUGGCGCCGAGGGGGUACCAUCAUCUACCGUUGUAUGAUAGUCUGUUGUCGAGGUUUGUGUUUGCAAACCUGUUUGUCAAUAUUAGAGUGGAGAAGGUGCAGAGGGUGGAGAGCCUAGUACAGGUGUAG